AUGCUUUUGCGGAUGAAUUCAAUAUUGCGUGUCGAUGACAUGAAGCCGCCGCCACCACCACCAUCCCCUGAAUCCAACACGCAGAAACCCAAUAGCGUUGAAUAUGUACUAGCAAAAAAGAGCCACAAUGGCCAUCUCCAUCUUGUUGAUGUAGUGGACUUUAUUCUUCGAGCGAGGAAGCUUUCCACUCAAGCAUCGCCACCACCAUCAUCUUCUUUAUCCAACAAAAACUUGGACAAAGAGCCACCAAUACCCAAGAUUGUCAUUCCAACCGACCCACCAUCACCAGACCAUGAGGAUAUUGUAGUAUCCAAGCAACGUGAAACCGCAGCAAUAUACCGCAAAGCACCACAACGGUCAUUGUCUUUAACCCAUGCAUCAUAUCCAUGUCGUCCUACUGCCCAGCGUAGAUCCACAAUCAGUGCUAAAAGUCAUCAGCCACCAUCACCACGGUCAUCUCGACCCACUUUACAUGGCUAUGGUGGGAGUACUGACAGCUUGGGUGCACCGAUAUCCAUUCGAUUGCUUGGUCCGGAACCUUACAUUGAUCUUAAUUCAACCAAGCAUACACCACCAAAGAAUAGAAGACCAUCCGCUUAUUCAUCCUCCUCAGCUUCAUCCUCGUCGUCGUCAUCUUGUUCCUCUUAUUCAAUCGAACGCAAAAAGAGCAUCAUCAAUGAUAGUAGUAGUCGUCACCAGCAUAAAAGAGUAGCCUUCAAAACGACAUCACAAUCCGCUGCAGCUCCAUGUAACAACAACAAAGCCCUUCCUCCUUCACCCGCACCCUCUAAUAUGAUAUCGAAUACGCGGUAA